AAAAACCAGACACAGACCAAUUGUUUUGUGGAGAGAACUCAACACAGAACUGUGUCUCUUGUUUUAUUUUCUGUUUUUUCAUCUCCAACAUAAAAAAGAAAGUCAUUUAAAUUACCAUUUUACCCUUCUAGAGAGAGAAAAUAUUACAAAGAGAUUAGUGAAGAUUGUAAGAGAGAGAAUAUUUUUUUGUUCUUUUUUGUGCUCCAAUGGUUCAACUGAGAACAACCCAAAGAGAAGAAAAAAGAAAUUUUAUGUCUUUUUUAGACGAGUCUUUCUGAACCUAUGAUCUUGUGAAAACCCAGAAACCAAUCUUUGAUGCACUUAUUGGAUUGGUAGAUUCACUCAAAUCUUCUCUGAACCGUUGAUUUCGUUUUUAAAAUGAACGGUGCCGAGGUUGUUGCAGCUCCGGCGGGUCCACCGGUUCCUCUUGACUGGAAAUUCUCUCAGGUGUUCGGUGAACGUACGGCUGGUGAAGAGGUUCAAGAAGUGGACAUAAUUUCUGCUAUCGAAUUUGACAAGUCUGGUGAUCAUCUUGCUACUGGUGAUCGUGGUGGUCGAGUGGUUCUCUUUGAGAGGACAGAUACAAAAGAUCAUGGCGAAUCUAGAAGGGAUUCAGAGAGGAUGGACUAUUCUCUCGGUAGGCAUCCUGAAUUCCGUUACAAAACAGAGUUUCAGAGUCACGAGCCUGAGUUUGACUACCUUAAGAGUUUGGAGAUAGAAGAGAAAAUCAACAAAAUCAGAUGGUGCCAAAUAGCUAAUGGUGCCCUUUUCCUUCUCUCGACAAAUGAUAAAACCAUCAAAUUUUGGAAGGUUCAAGAAAAGAAGGUCAAGAAAAUUGCUGAGAUGAAUGUCGACCCUUCGAAAUCAAUGGGAAAUGGCAGUACUGCUAGUUCAAGUAAUUCAAUUAGUGCUAGGCCAAGCCUUGAAAAUGGAGGAUUUCCAGAUUCAGAUAGAUCGUUCAAUUAUCUAAGCUCCGACUUCUCAUUUCCACCGGGAGGCAUACCAUCACUAAGAUUACCCGUGGUAGUAAGUAGCCACGAAACCAGCUUGGUGGCUCGUUGUCGUAGAGUUUACGCCCAUGCACACGACUAUCAUAUCAAUUCUAUUUCAAACAACAGCGAUGGCGAAACUUUCAUAUCAGCCGAUGAUUUGCGAAUAAAUCUUUGGAAUCUGGAAAUAAGCAAUCAGAGUUUUAAUAUUGUUGAUGUAAAGCCUGCAAACAUGGAGGAUCUGACAGAGGUUAUAACAUCAGCAGAAUUCCACCCUACACAUUGUAAUACGUUGGCAUAUAGCAGCUCAAAGGGUUCAAUCCGUCUAAUUGACUUGCGGCAAUCAGCAUUAUGUGAUUCUCAUGCCAAACUGUUUGAGGAACAGGAGGCCCCAGGAUCCCGAUCAUUUUUCACAGAGAUUAUUGCUUCCAUAUCUGACAUAAAGUUUGGGAAGGAUGGGCGAUACAUACUAAGUCGUGAUUACAUGACUUUAAAGUUAUGGGACAUUAAUAUGGAUUCAGGUCCGGUUGCAACUUACCAGGUUCAUGAGUAUCUUAGACCAAAGCUUUGUGAUUUGUAUGAAAACGAUUCAAUCUUUGAUAAGUUCGAGUGUUGUCUGAGUGGUGACGGAUUGCGAGUAGCAACUGGUUCUUACAGCAAUUUAUUCCGAGUUUUUGGCUGUGCUCCUGGAAGUACCGAAGCUACAACUUUGGAAGCCAGUAAAAAUCCAAUGAGGCGACAAGUUCCGACCCCCUCAAGGCCGUCUAGAUCAUUGGGAAAUAGUAUAACGCGAGUUGUAAGACGGGGAGCAGAAAACCCUGGUGUUGAUGCAAACGGGAAUUCGUUUGAUUUCACGACAAAGUUGUUGCACUUAGCAUGGCAUCCAUCUGAAAAUUCGAUUGCUUGUGCUGCUGCAAAUAGCUUGUACAUGUACUAUGCAUAAAAAGAGAGCGAGAGAGAGAUGAUUGAAGAUGACAUACAUGCAUGCAUUUUGCUUGUGGAAGAAGGCUUCUUUUUCCCUUCCUACCACCAACCACUAAGUUGGAGGCUACAUUAACUCUCACUCACAUUACAGGUGCCCUUCAGAACUUUUAAAAGAUCCAGAAGUGGCUGUUUCCCAAUUCUGGGGUAGGAGAAGAUAUUUUUUUUUUACCUUUUUUGUUUCGCGGUUCGGUUCUCCUCCAUUUCGACCCUAAUAUUCUUUCUCCUAUUACUGUAUCUUCUUCUGAAAGAGGAGGAGGUGCAGUCAAUGUUUCAAAAUUGUGUUUUGGCUUGCAAGUGAAGAUGAAAAAUGUGAUUGUAGCUCUCCUACAACAGAUACUAAAGGAUGUUCAAUAUUCUGUCAUUAGGGAAGUUUAUUAAAAAAAUGUAGUUUUUGUUAUUUUUAGCACAGAUAUAUCUCUGUGAGAUGGAGUUAAAACUUCUAGUCCGUCAUUUUUUCAUUGAUUAUUUUUGUGUUGGAAUUCUAUCUGACAUGUUUCAAAGUCUUAUUUUGUUGUACCCUUUAAUCUUUGUGUAAAAGGUAAUAAGUGUUUUAGGUUGCAACAAUGUAGGAUAAACAUGAUUGUAUCUGCCAACUUUUCAUUUUCCUUGCGCAUGCUAUCAAAUUUGCUGUGGUUCUACUUA